GCUGUAACAUUUAUCUUGCUCUUACUGGAUUUCCCUUCUCUAUGGCACUCUUUGCACACAUGUAGAACUUGAUCUCAGUUAAUGAUCACACAGGCUUGGCAGAGUCACUCCCUUGCAGGAGAGUGGCCAAGAGUAGUAAACAAUAGAAACCUUGGAAGUGGGAGUUAGACCUUCUUCUGCAAUCUUGCAGAGAAGGCUCCAAAGCUGUGUAUCGAUCUUUCUCGCAUACAUUGAAUAGUUAAACUGAGAAGGCAGCCUUCUGGUAAUAGCUAUUAGUAUAGCGAGCAUAACUGGGCCAAGAGCUAACAUUUAAGGAUUAUUAUUUGAUUUUUUUUGGACAGGCGUGUUAGGGCCAAAAAUAUAUGUACAAAUAACAUAUGUACAUCUUCUUUCGGCUGCAGCAGAUCCCGAUGACUUCAAAUGGGUGUUUGCGUUUUACAUUGCUUUUAUUUUGAAAUUGUAGGAACCCGGGCAGAUUUGAGCAUGUUUAGUUACUGUCAAGUUAAAACUGAUGGACAUGACCUAAGUUGCCGAUUUACCGUCAUAAUAUACAGUCGAUUGGAGGAUAUCGGCGUGUAGUGUCCUAGUUGAUGGAGCCUCAACCAACAAACAGCUCAACAUGCCAAUAGAGUAAUAGAGUCAGUGCCUCCACCUUUGGAUGCGCUUCCCUCGUCUCCUGACUUUUCAAGCAAAGUCAACUAGGCAUUAGGACCACAAACCAUGAUGGGCUACCCUAGUUUAUGUGUGAUACUGCUCGCAUUCAUUUGGAACAUUUAUGGCCAGGAAGCAUUAAAUCCACUUAAUAGGUAUAAAAGGAUUCAGGAAAGUGCUGGAUCAGAUUUCAGUGAUUGUUUGCCAAGGGCAAAUGGGCCACAGAUCUCCUCAGACUCUCCCAACUUCUCUAUGGCUCUUCGGAUGCCUGGGGUCAUCCCAGUUAAGUCCGACACUUACCUUUGCAUGUCAUUUCCUGUGCCAACAACCGAGAGUCAUGCUGCAUAUGUCGUGGACUUCAUGCCUCAGGCCAGUAUGAACACAGUCCAUCACAUGCUGCUGUUUGGCUGCAAGACCCCCGUUUCCAUCACCAACUACUGGGACUGUGGCACUACACGGGGUACUUGUGUUGAUGAAACAUCCAUUUUGUAUGCAUGGGCUCGAAAUGCACCACCAACAAAUCUACCCAAAGAUGUUGGGUUUGAAGUUGGACGGAAUUCAGGAGUGUCUUACUUUGUGCUACAAAUCCAUUAUGGAGAUGUCAAUGCUUUCCGUGAUCAUCACAAAGAUUGCUCAGGUGUCACUCUAAGAAUAACAUCCACCCCGCAGCCGUUUAUUGCUGGUAUAUACCUGCUCAUGUCCAUGGACACUGUUAUCCAGCCAGGAAAAAGAGUUACAAAUGCGGACAUCGCCUGUGACUACAAAUCGUAUCCAAUUUACCCGUUUGCCUUUAGGACCCACACACAUCGUCUGGGAAAAGUGGUCAGUGGCUACAGGAUUCGAAAUGGAAAAUGGAGCCUGAUUGGGAGACAGUCUCCUCAACUACCACAGACCGGGUAUCAUACGGAGGCCGCCAUGACAGUAUGCGCAGAACGGAUGUGCAAGACAUGUCAGGCUUUCUAUCCUACAAACCAUGAUGUGGAUGUGCAGUAUGGAGAUACGCUCGCAGCCAGAUGUAUGUUCACUGGUGAAGGCAGAAGCAAAGAAACGUACAUUGGGGGUUCCUCUGAUGACGAAAUGUGCAAUUUCUAUAUUAUGUACUACAUGGACAGCAAACACGCCAUCCCAUAUAUGAACUGCAUGAAGCAAAGUUCUGCCAAAUUGUUUCAGCACAUUCCACCUGAAGCCAAUAUUCCCAUUGCUGUUAGUCCCGACACUAUGAACUCCAUAAUGCAUAUGGAACAUUCAACAGGUGACCUCUAUUCUCUAAUGUCCAAGUUGCUAGGCCAAAACAAGGAUGUAGUACACAUUCAAAAGUACAACCCCAGUAAGAUACAGAGGGUCCAGCCAGAGCUGGUGUCUCAGAUUCAUAGCUUAAUACAAAAGAAAAACUUGGGCUCUCCUGGUCCUCCACUAGCUCUCCAAACCAACAGGCAACCUGUUUUGAUGAGGGACAGAGUCCACAAAUUCCAUCAGCUUGAGGUGCCCAAGCUGACAAAAAGCAAACUGCUGUCUCAAAGACAAGAUGUCCAUCUGGAGCAAGACCCACUAUGGCCACAGAAUUCUCUUCAGCUGGGUCAGGUGUCAGGACUUGCCAUUGACUCAGAUUCCAAUCUGGUCAUUUUCCACAGAGGUGAUCACCAUUGGGGACCAGAUUCUUUUGACAGCCAAGCUAUAUAUCAGCAGAGGUUCCUUGGCCCUAUUCAACAGUCCACUAUUUUGGUUGUUAACAGAGAGAAUGGAAACAUCCUCAAGGCUUCUGGAAGAAAUAUAUUUUACUUACCUCAUGGAAUAACGACGGACAAGGACAAUAACUACUGGGUAACUGAUGUGGCUCUUCAUCAGGUCUUAAAAAUGAGCAGUGAUGGUAGUGAUACAAUCUUGCUGUCUCUGGGAGAGGCUUUCACACCAGAAAGUGACCAUAACCAUUUUUGUCAGCCCACUGAUGUGGCAGUAGAUUAUGAAACUGGGAAUAUUUUUGUGUCUGAUGGCUACUGUAAUGCAAGGAUACUGAAAUUUUCUGCUGAUGGAAGAUACCUUUCAGAGUGGGGAGCUGGCUCAUCAGACCGGAGAAGGCAUACGCCAUUCCGGAUCCCACAUAGCCUUGCAUUUCUGCCUGAGAAAAAUGAAUUGUGUGUGGCUGACCGCGAGAAUGGACGCAUCCAGUGCUUCAUAGCUCAAACUGGAGAGUUUGUUAAGGAAAUUAAAAAAGAAGAGUUUGGUGAAAGUGUCUAUGCCAUCACUUUCAGUCCGGCUGGAGGUGAAGAUGGCAUAAUCUUUGCAGUAAAUGGAAACUCUCUGUCUGAAAACUUUCCUCCUCCAACUGGUUUUGCAAUAAAUUAUGGAACUAAGGACAUUCUGGAUACCUUCGCCCCAAAGAAAAGGGAGUUUAAAAUGCCUCAUGACAUUGCUGUAACCAAAAAUGGUAGUGUCUUUGUGGGGGAUGCAGCCAGCAUGACUGUUUUCAAAUUUACAGCUGAAAAGGCACAUCGUUCUGUCAAGAAGGCUGGUAUUGAAGUUCAAGAACUUGAAGAAAUGGAGACAUUUAUCCAAACCAAGGUGACUCCAGAGCAGAACAUCUCAAAGACAGCAGCAGUUAAACAGAAGCCAUAUGUGGCUCAACAUCUUAAGCCAGUAGAAAAUGAGAAGAAAAAGACUGUUCCACAUCCAAAGAAAGAGCAUGGUUUCCUACCAGUGGCCAUCAUGGUGCUCUUGCUCAUCCCUCUUCUGCUUGUUAUCACUGUAGGAGUCUUCAUCUGCUGGAGGAAAAACAACCGGUAUGAGGUGAAAACAGAGCCCGGUGCUGUUGGAGGGAUUUUGGGAAAAAUCAGUGGUAAAGCAGUCGGCAGCCUGAACCUUGGAAACUUCUUUGCCUCCCAUAAGGGUUACAGUCGACAGGGCUUUGACCAACUCAGCACUGAAGGCAGCGACCAGGAAAGGAACGGCGAGAGCAGUGAGUCUGAGAAUGAAGAGUACAUGGCUCGUCCCCCACCGCCUCCAUCCUCCUCUUAGGAAGUUUGGACAGCACCACAACCUUCUGCUUAUAAUGCCAGGUGUAUGUCAUGUCAUUCAUCAUCAUAACUGUUUAUAUGUUUAAGUAUGAGUUGUACAUAAAAUAUUUACUACAACUUAAAUCAAUUUAUUUUAUCUUAAUUUAACAUGUCCGUGUUUUUACAGUAAAUUAGGAUUCUCAACUUGAACAAAUUACAGUGAAAUUAUUUCCUAGAGUUUCAUUGAAUUAAAUUUUUGUACUUUAGUCCACCAAGCGUUUUUCACAUUGAAUUAUUAGACACAUUCGACAUUUUAUAGCAGCAUUACAACCAGGAUGAGCAUGUAAACAUCUGGAUGGUAAAUAUGAUCACAGUUGGGGAAAACAAAACUACAUGGCUCUGUCAUAUUACUUCAUUUAUAUCAUGGGUAUUCAUUAUUAUAAGUUCCAAAAUGUCCAGAUUGUAGUUUGUCUUUUUUGUUUGUUUUAUAUGUCCAGACCAGUGCUUCUCAAUUAUUUUCUGUUACGCCCCCCCCCUAGCAAGAAGAAAUCUAUUCGCGCCCCCCCUCCCCACCGUGACUAUCCUAACUUGUCUUGUAAGUCGUAAAAUGUUGCACUGUCGCAAACGUGACAGAAGUAACAAUGAGAGCGCCACUGCCCCCUGCUGUAGUAAACGCGCAAUUACACUUUAUUCUAGUACUGCCAAAAAAAAGCCUGUUCCCCAGGGUCACACGCGCCCCCCCAGGAAUAGCACCGCGCCCCCACUAUUUGAGAAGCACUGGUCCAGACUAAGUGUUGUUUAGAUGGCACAAGUGUUUAUGCUGCUUGUUGUGCUUGCUCCAUAAAGAUGAGGAUAGGACAACAAAAAACAUAUGCUUGGUAAUAACAGUUACCUUUUUUUUCUCCCAAUUGCUCAUGAGCUUUGACUUAACGUUCUACAAUUUGUGUUGUUAGACCUGUAAGCUUUUCAUGAGAUUUUGGAUUGCAUACAAAGAUGUUUGGAUUUAGAAGAUUUAAUAUUUUUAAUUGAAUGCAAGAUUUAACAGUAAAGGUACAUCCUUCCAACGAUAAAUAUCUUUGUGCAUAAUUCCAUACAUUAUUAUAUUUCUAUUCAACUUACAUCCGCGGCUUGAGUCAGUCACAUUUCGAUUGCAAUUGUGUGCCUUUUCAUAUUUUGCCUUUUGUCAUCAUAUGCCAUUACAAAAUGUACUAUAAGAGAAAAAUUGCUGCUGCUAUAGCUUGUACUCCUUUACUGUUUUUUCUUCCUUAAAGUCAGAGGAAAAAUGACACAUUUACUCAUAAAUGUUUUGUUUUGUGGGAAUGUAAUUGGUCGAUCAGACUCUGGUGAACUGCCUCAUCCAUAGCACUGUGUCCAGGAUUAUGUUACACUCAUUUAAAUUAUUUACUCAAUAGUCCAUCAGUCCAUUUUCUAUACCACUUAUCACUGAGGGCAUGAGUGAGGUGAAGCCUAUCCCAGCUGACGUUGGGUGAGAGGUGGGGUAUACGCUAGGGGUGUAAAUCGCUGGUUUUGUCACAAUACAAUAUCAUAUCAAUACAAAGAACUACAAUACGAUAUUUGCCGAUAUCUUAAAGCCUGCUGCGAUUCAUUCACGAUAUAUCACGAUAUAGUGCUCUAUGAUCGAUAUAUAUAUUUUUUUUUAAAUAAGAAAUAUAGAACAAUAUCCUGAUUUAUAACAAUUCAUACGCAAAAUCAACAAGGUACUGCAAACUCUUUAUUUAGGAAAUUACAAGAGUAUUGUAGGAUACAAAGUGCUUAUUUUAACACUGAACUUUGAUGUUGUGUUUUUUCUUUAACUAUAAAUAUAGAGAUUUGUGGUCCCUGAAUAUUUGAUUCCCGCAUGGCAGGAUUUACAAACUGCACGUGUCUUGUCCGUUGAGACAUCUUUUCUUUGGAAUCCAAAGUGCUUCCAAACGAAUGACUUGAAGCCUGAAGGGGAGCAAAUUUCCUCGUCUUUUUGGACACUAGCCAUAGCACCAGCCCAGGAGCCGCGUACUAGUUGUCGACUCCCCUUUCACGUGCCUGCUCUGCUCACGACACAGCAACGCCGCGCGCACUGCUCCCGGAAAGAGGAAGCAAGCAACAAUGAACUGGAUUUCAAAAUAAAGUCGCGUCUAAUGUCCGAGGUCAAACACGGCGAUAUAAAUCGAUGUUUACGUUUAGCAUCGAUGCCAAUAAAUCGUAGAGCAUUAUAUCGAUUAAUCGAUGUGUAUCGAUCAAUCGUUACACCCCUAGUAUACGCUGAAUUCUUGGCUAGCCAAAAUUGAAGGCCAUACUUACUCAGUAAUCAAUAGUGCAUUUGGUUUCAUUUGGAUGUAAAAACACGGACAAUGUGCUAAGAAUAAACAUGCAAUGAAAGUAAAUAAUUUUGGAUUAAACUGACCUACUUCUAAAUUUGUUUAAGUUUGAAAAUAAACAACAAAUUUGCUCAAACUAAACAAGCAAGCGAAAACGUUUUCCCUGUGUGUUCUACUUGGUAGAUACAUUUCCGUCCACCAAAUACAUGUCUGUUUGCUUCAUUUGAAUGAUUAAUGUAUUAAAAGCAUGCCAUGGAUAUAGGAUGUUGCAGUCACAUGUGAACUGAUAUUUAUUGUAACACUGGUUUUGCUGCAAAGGUACUAUUUUAGUAACAAUGUUAUUUGUGUAAUAAAGUGUUUGCAAUGCA